GGGAUUGGGAAGACAGCGCUGUCACAAGUACGCAUGCGCUAAGCGCUCUCCCACGCACGCACGGAACAGAAGAGCGCGCUUGCUCGGUAUAAGAGAGCGAGAUGAUGUGUGUAGGCUUUCCUUGCGCUGUUAUGCAUGACAAGCUGCCGACCACGGAUGUCACAGGUUUUAAAAGAGAGACGUAGAACUUUAAGCCAUGACAGUCAAGGUAUGGACGGAGAUGAUGAGUCAGUCACGGAGUUUACAAGAACUGAGCUCAUGGCAUUCAAGCCUAGUUUUGCAAGACCAAGAUAUGCCAACACAUACAGAAUGGAACCUUAUAGAAAAUUUCAGGAUUAUGUAGUAAGGAAGAAAGCUGAAGAGGUCCUAAAGAAUAAACUUCAAGAUUUCAAAUAUAUUGGUUUCAAUGGUGCUUUCAUGUGUACAACCCUCUCAGAAGAUAUACUAGCAGCUGUUAAGGAUCAGGGCUUUGAUCGCUACAAGUACAUAGUCCAAAUAUUUAUUGUGGAAAAGACUGGUCAGUCAGUACAUAUUGCCAGCAGAUGGGUCUGGGAUGUUGCAAGGGACAACUGGGUUUCAGUUCAACAUGAAACUGAGAACUAUGUUGCACUGGCUUUGAUAGUUGCCGGUUAUUAUGAGUAAUUCCAUAAAAACUAGCUUUGUAACAAUAAUACAUUCCUGUGAGUUGCCACAAUGGUAUAUUGUAUUUGCUUAAAUAAAUGCCCUUGCAGUUUCUUUUUUCA